CCUCAGGUGAGGCCGCCAGGCCUAGCAGGCCCCACGCCACCCCUGCCUCCCAGGCCGCCCGCCGCUGCGGAGCCACCAUGCUCCUGCCCCGGCCGGGAGACUGACCCUACCCCGGCCCCACCUGCCGGACCCCAGGACCCAGGAGUCCUGGACCCCCAGCCCAGCGAAUCCAGGCAUCCCCCUGCUGCUGGCCGGACACUGACCCCAUCCUUGAACCCAGCCCCAUCUGCGUCCCUGCUCACGGCGUGCUCUGGCCAGGGCCCCGUCCCAUUAGCCCACCUGGAUGGGUGCCUGGGACUGGGGGCGCCGUACUGGGCUGGGCCCCCCAGGCCCUGCCUCCCCGUCUAUCUCCCCACAGUUCCCGCCCCUGCCCAGGAGGUCAGCCGGGGAAUCAUUAACAAGAGGCCGUGACAUGGCGGAGAAGGAGGGUGGCCGGCCUGUGCCUUGCUGCUCCAGACCCAAGGUGGCAGCUCUCACUGUGGGGACCCUGCUGCUCCUGGCAGGCAUCGGGGCGGCAUCCUGGGCCAUCGUGACCGUUCUACUCAGGAGAGACCAAGAGCUGCUGUAUCCAGUGCAGGUCAGCCCGGCGGACGCACGGCUCACGGUGUUUGAUGAGACCGAAGGGACAUGGCGGCUGCUGUGCUCCUCCCGCUCCAACGCCAGGGUGGCUGGGCUCAGCUGCGAGGAGAUGGGUUUCCUCAGGGCACUGGUCCACGCGGAGCUGGACGUGCGGACGGUGGGCGCCAACGGCACCUCGGGCUUCUUCUGUGUGGACGAGGGAAGGCUGCCCCAUGCCCAGAGGCUGCUCGAGGUCAUCUCCGUGUGUGACUGUCCCAGGGGCCGUUUCCUGAGUACAAUCUGCCAAGACUGUGGCCGCAGGAAGCUGCCCGUCGACCGCAUCGUGGGGGGCCGGGACACCAGCCUGGGCAGGUGGCCGUGGCAAGUCAGCCUGCGCUACGAUGGGGCGCACCUCUGCGGGGGCUCCCUGCUCUCCGGAGACUGGGUGCUGACGGCCGCCCACUGCUUCCCCGAGCGGAACCGCGUCCUGUCCCGAUGGCGGGUGUUCGCCGGGGCGGUGGCCCAGGCCUCACCGCACGGCCUGCAGCUGGGGGUGCAGGCUGUGGUCUACCACGGGGGCUAUCUCCCCUUCCGCGACCCCAACAGCGAGGAAAACAGCAACGACAUUGCCCUGGUCCAUCUCUCCAGCCCUCUGCCCCUCACGGAAUUCAUCCAACCUGUGUGCCUCCCGGCUGCUGGCCAGGCCCUGGUGGAAGGCAAGAUCUGCACCGUGACGGGCUGGGGCAACACGCAGUACUAUGGCCAACAGGCCGGGAUUCUCCAGGAGGCCCGAGUCCCCAUAAUCAGCAAUGAUGUCUGCAACGGCCCUGACUUCUACGGAAACCAGAUCAAGCCCAAGAUGUUCUGUGCCGGCUAUCGUGAGGGCGGCAUUGAUGCCUGCCAGGGCGACAGCGGUGGCCCAUUCGUGUGCGAGGACGGCAUCUCUCGGGCGCCACGUUGGCGGCUGUGCGGCAUUGUGAGCUGGGGCACCGGCUGUGCCCUGGCCCAGAAGCCAGGCGUCUACACGAAAGUCAGUGACUUCCGGGAGUGGAUCUUCCAGGCCAUAAAGUUGUCUUUCCCCAGACUCACUCCGAAGCCAGCGGCAUGGUGACCCAGCUCUGACCUAUGGCUUCUCCUCACUGCUAACGCCUCCUGGGCCCCAGAGACACAGGCGGCUCCGGCCCCACAUGGUGGGGUGCACGCUGGGCCUCGCAUGGAACAUUGUUCUUCUCGGGCCCAGCCCACAGGUCCAAGGAUGCCCGCCUCCGGGGCCCUCUCAUCCACAGUGGCGGGCCCACUCAGCCCUGGGACCACCUGAACCUCACCCCCUGACCCACGUGUAAAUAUUGUUCUGCCAUCUGGGGACCCUGUCUAGGUGCCUCUGGCUGCAGGAUGCUCUUUAAAUAAUAAAGAUGGUUUUGAUUACUA